AUGGCAUGCUUUUCAAUUUUUUUAAGGAAAAAGAAGAAAAACAAGGCAAAGAAAGUGCUUGAAGAUGUCUCUCACAGUGUAUCCAAGGGCAGAAGUGAGGAAGGCCAGAAGCAGGUUGAGGCAGAGGACACACGGACACCAGCUCAAAUUGCUUAUGAUAAAAUUCAAGAGAAACGGGCAGCAGAGAGGAUUUUAAAGAAGGCAGAAAAAACCCACAAACAGAGAGUUGAGAAAUUCAAUGAAUACCUUGAUGAACUCACAGAACAUUAUGACAUACCCAAAGUCAGCUGGACAAAGUGAUUGUCACCUAUCCCUUGCACCUUUAUACAGUCUUACUGUCUGGAGCAUCUUGUUUUAACAUGACAUAAUGUUUGUUACAUGUAUAUAAAGAUUGUAUUUUGUGGUUUCGUGGCAUGAAACCAAUCGAAAAAAUGUAAAAAAUGUACUAUAUAUUUUGUUUUUACUUUGUUUUAUUUGGUAACUAGUAACUACACUGUACUUCCUUUAAUUUGCCUUUUUUACAAUGGUUAACUGCAUACAGUUAGAUUACUCAUAAGGCAUUGAAACCAAAGAAAGAUUCCACCAGUAAAUCUUUUCCUGGACAAAACAAGUGAGCAAAGCAGGGAGGAGUCUGAUGUGGAAGGUUCACCACUCACUUGUGUGCUCCCAAACUUAAGCCUGCUCGCAGGCUAGGUGGAGGGUGCAAAAUUCAAAUGUGGUACAAUUUGCAAAAUGUACAUAAAUAACAAAAAUAUUGAAAAUUAAUUAAUAAAUCUUGUAACAGAU